CUCUUCUCUGAGCUCAGAACUUUCUAGUACUCAAGGAUGGCGUUCCCGAGCAGAGUGCGCCCCUGUGCUAUCCCAGAGAAUGAAGAAAUCUCUCAGACGGUCCUUAACAAUGCCCAUGAGGCUAAUGAGAAUGAAGACGAGAGGGCUGUGUCCAAACUGCAGCGCAGGCACAGUGACGUAAAAGUCUACAAGGAGUUUUGUGACUUUUAUGCGAAAUUCAACAUGGCCAAUGCUUUGGCCAAUGCGACUUGUGAACGCUGUAAGGGAGGUUUUGCACCUGCUGAGAAGAUCGUGAACAGUAAUGGCGAGCUGUACCAUGAGCAGUGCUUUGUAUGUGCACAGUGCUUCCAGCAGUUCCCAGAAGGGCUUUUCUAUGAGUUUGAAGGAAGGAAGUAUUGUGAACAUGAUUUUCAGAUGCUUUUUGCUCCUUGCUGUCAUCAGUGUGGUGAAUUCAUCAUUGGCAGAGUUAUUAAAGCCAUGAAUAACAGCUGGCAUCCCGAGUGUUUCCGCUGUGACAUCUGUGAGGAAAUUCUGGCAGAUAUAGGGUUUGUCAAGAAUGCAGGAAGACAUCUCUGUCGCCCCUGUCAUAAUCGUGAGAAAGCCAGAGGCCUUGGGAAAUACAUUUGCCAGAAAUGCCAUGCCAUCAUUGAUGAACAGCCGCUGAUAUUUAAGAAUGACCCUUACCAUCCAGAUCAUUUCAACUGUGCCAACUGCGGGAAGGAACUGACUGCUGAUGCCCGGGAGUUGAAAGGCGAACUGUACUGCUUGCCAUGCCAUGAUAAAAUGGGAGUCCCCAUCUGUGGUGCUUGUCGACGGCCCAUUGAAGGGCGUGUGGUAAAUGCCAUGGGCAAGCAGUGGCAUGUGGAGCACUUUGUUUGUGCCAAGUGUGAAAAGCCAUUUCUUGGACAUCGCCAUUAUGAGAGGAAAGGCCUGGCAUACUGUGAAACCCACUAUAACCAGCUAUUUGGUGAUGUUUGUUUCCAUUGUAACCGUGUUAUUGAAGGUGAUGUGGUUUCUGCUCUUAAUAAGGCCUGGUGCGUGAACUGCUUUGCCUGUUCCACCUGCAACACUAAAUUAACACUUAAGAAUAAGUUUGUGGAGUUUGACAUGAAGCCGGUCUGUAAGAAGUGCUAUGAGAAAUUUCCACUGGAGCUGAAGAAAAGACUUAAGAAACUAGCUGAGACCUUGGGGAGGAAGUAAUUGCCUUUAUUUUACUUUUUUCCUUCUAUGCAAAGAUAAGAAAUCACCAACAUUACUUGACUUAAUCCAUCUUUAUUUAAAGCUCUUUCUCAAAACAGUUGAGACUGAAGGAGACUUACAGGUUUUCUUCAUCUCUUUUUUUUCUAAUUAAGAAAAAAAAAGUUUGUGUAAUGUAUUUAAAACAUAGCUGAAAUCAGGAUUUACUUUUGUUAAUCCUUAUCAAUUUAUUGACAUGCACACUAUACUUAACAACAAAAAUCACAUGGUUAAAUAUCAAUUAAGAUCCAAAAAAAUUAAAUACAAGUUGGUAAAAUGCAAGUAAGGAGUCAACUUUUACAUGACACAGAUAAAAAUAUAAAAAUUUUUUCACAUUGUUAUUCAGAAGAAAAUUACUUUCAAUUGCUGUUGGGAGAAAGUAUGAGAAAGAAAAAUAAC